CCUCCUUUCUUCCUUCCCCUUUCUGCCACAGCCAGAAGCCAUGCCUCAGCUCUGGUCUCUGCCCCACAGCCUGUCACCUGGCUGGCUAGCUUUGGCACAGAGAGAGAUGUGAGGUGUGGGCUUCUGUUGCCAAGUUCCCUACCCUACUCUGUGCCCGUUGGGGGCUCUUGCCCAGCACAGAAGCAGGAAACACAGGAGCACCAGAAAGAGAAGACGAAUCCAGGAGUCAGCCGAGGGGAGCAUCCUCUGGAUCAAAGUCUGAAAUGAGGAAGCGGGAGAAGCUGCCGUACUGUGCUUGGGCUUCGCUGGGGAAGAAGAGUUUAUGGCAGGCCACACUCUUCAAAGCCUCCAUCCUGAGUUCUUGCUUCCUCUGGACUCAAGCCCAGGCCAAGACUGGAAUACCUAUCAAAGUCGAACCAGAAAUACUGCAAGAAGGACAGAGUGUCACUUUAACACCAGGAGAUAUUAAUGUGACCACACUUCGUAGCUGCAAAUGGUAUCGAGGGUCGAGUGCUGAUGAAAAUCGAAUCUUCACCUAUUUCCUAGCUCCAGUGAUUUCACAGAAAAAUGAAUCUGCCUUCACUGACAGGGAGACUGGGAGAAGAGACUGUUCCCUUCACAUCACAGAUUUAACACCAAGCGACUCUGAAACCUACACACUGGAACCAGAAGGACCUCUGGAACACAGAACAGGGGCUAUCAAUAUAACCGUCCCAGAUUCUGCUCUGCUGGAAGCAGGAGUCGUAUCUCGGAUUGUCGUUGGGUCUCUGGUUGGGCUGAUGUUGUUUGGAACACUGCUUUGUGUCUUAUUCUGGGCCUGCCGUCUGAGAUUUAAGACUUCUGCCCAAGUUGUAUCUGAGCCUCCUUUACCUGAUGAUGUUCUCUUUUCUGGACAGGUGAGACCUGGACAGGUCAAGUCUGACAGCUCCUCUGAUCCCAUCCACAUGUACCAGGCCCUCCAACAGAGAAACCAGGCAAUGUAUAACCAGCCAAACUGGUAAUGCAUGAACCCACCAACGUCCGUUUUACUUCUGACUUGGAGCUUCAAUGGAAGGGCACGCCCUGGAAGUCCAAAGUACAGCCCCCUGUUUCUCUGGUUAAAGGGAUCUUGUGGAAGGGCAAAGGAAGAACUGCCUGAGACCUUGGAGAUCCAGUUGGAAUCAAAGUACUGAGCUAGCUCUGAAUCUGCCCAAAGUAGCUUCCAAUGCCCUACUCUGGGAAGCUCUCCCUAUAAUGGCCAUGAAAUUCGUGAAACUGUUACUUGUGUGGCCAGUGGCUGAAUCUGCAAAUAUAGCUCAUGGCAUCCUUUGCCAACCAGGUGCCUGCCAGAUGUUUUUGACUCCAACCACCAUCAGAUCCAGCCAACAGCUCUGGAUUAAAGAAACAGAAAACCAUAUUCCAUUUUUUUGCUAUGGACAAAAUAAUUUGUUGCCUGAGACAACAAGAGUUGUUGAGCUUUUGGGGGGCAAAGUUGUUGAGCUUGCAAAAUUUCUUCCUUCUUGGCAGCAAUAAGUAAUUAGCUAAUUAGCAAUUUGUUAUACUUUCAAAUCAUCUGCCUGAGGCUGCUAUCUCACUCUGCCCAAUGGAAGGGCCAGCCCUGGCUAAUGGGUCAACUACCUCCUUUCUUGGUGGUGUAAGAACAUGCCCCAUGGUAUAUCCAGUUGAUGAGGAUCGAAAUGAAGGAAGAUGAUCUCUUAAGUUCACAACGCUUUGCCCAGGCCUUCUCCAACCCAUAACCCCAGAAUCUCUGUUUCAUUUGCUUAUUUAUUUAUACUGUUUUAUUUGUUUGGGAUAGUAUUUCAGAGAGAGAGAGAGAGAGAGAGAGAGAGAGAGAGAGAGAGAGAGAGAGAGAGAGAGAACAUAGUGCACCGCUUACAGAUUUUAAGCACUUUGGAAAUGCUUUUAAAUAAAUCAAUAAAGCUGCUGGUAGAUGCAAUUAAAAAAUAAAGGAAAUUUCCUGAAUCACCACCAGGGGGCACAUCAUUGCAUGUAUUGAGAGAGUUUCUUGAAACUCAGCAGAAUAAAUUUCUGAGUAAGGUCAUCCAUCCAGGAGGGUUUAACUUCAGGUC